GAAACAAGCACUACUGUACGGGCUGCUCUCCAAGUCGGUCGCGUUUCCUUCUCGGACAUUGAAACGACUCUCACAAGCGGUGUGUGUUGCACCGAUCAUGCGCUCUCCGGAGGACACGCCGCAGUCUGCUGCUGUGUGAGACAGGAUGGACGGGUGGCCUCUCGUGCUUUAUCUCGCUAUACUUCUUGACCCCGUGCUCAGCUACAUUCCUGCUCCGGUCAAUCUCAAAGUCAGCUCUGUCAACUUCCAGCAUGUCCUGCACUGGGAUCCUGGCCCUGGCACCCCAGCAGGAGCACAGUACCAGAUCACCUGGAGGGUGAACAGGAGAGCAAAGAAACAUCGAUCAAACUUAACGACGACAACAUCAUUGAAGCUGAAGCUUUCACCCAACAAGGGGUUCGUCCUGACUGUCCAGGCGUCCUACAACCAGACUCUGUCUGCAGAAUCCGACCCAGUCAAAUUCACACCUUUCACAGAGACCAUAAUAGGUCCUCCAAAGGUCUCUCUGGCUGGAUGUGGCAACUGCAUCCAUCUCAACAUGUCGCUCCCUGAAGCUGACCCAAGUUCAGGAUUCAAAGAUAUGAAGACGGUCUACUUCAGUGUUCAGUUCGAAGUCUUCUGGAGGAAACAUAAAGGAGCAGAGCAGUCCGCCAUCACAACAAACAACAGCUACACUGUGAACAACCUACACAUUGGCACGGAGUACUGUGUACGGGUGUACAUAAGGACCAAUACCAACACGAACACUGUGCCAUCCGCUUGGAAUUGCACCUUCACUAGCGUUGUAGAACCAAGCCGAGACCCUGUCUUUUUAGGUGCAGUUGCUGCUCUUCUGGCUGUUAUCGGUGCCCUAAUGAGUGGCAUGUUUUGCCUCUACCACACUGGAUUCCUUUGUAAACUGAAGGCAGCUCUGCCCAGAGUACUCGCUGAGGUGCUGAGCCAAGGCCACGCCCUCACACCAGAGAGGACGGUCCCUGACAACAUCUCCAUAGGCGCAGAGACGGAGAAACAGAGGAAGCACAACAAUCCCCCAGCUCCACAAGCUGCCACCAGGGGCACUGACUCAGAUGAGGAGGAGGAAGGGGAAAACGUCUACAUGGACAGAGACAAAGAGCUUUCCUCAGAUGAAAGUUCCUGCCAGGACUCUGUUGAUGUGUUAGGGAACAGCAAGGUGGCUGUGUCAGGGGGCUCCGGGAGUUCGACAGUGAAGGCGGAAGUACAGGACACAGAGUUUGAGAUUGAGAUUAGACAUGGGGGGCUUGAUCAAAAUGAGGCCAAAGCUGAAGGAACAGAGGUUUCUUUCAUGCCCAAAGGACCAGUCACAGGUCAAGUGAAGGAAGAGGAGGAGGAGGAGGAGGAUAAGGAGGAGCAUAAGGAAGAGGUGUGCGAGAGCUUAGGCAAUAUCGAUCUGUUCUCAGUCACCCUCGCUGCAAUGAAAAGGGAUGAGGGAGAAGAGCAGAAUACAAGAGAAUCUCUCACAGACUGCCUGUCCGAUCUGGAGCCUCUACUGCCCACAAACUCAAAACGGACUCUGAGCCACACGGCUGAUCGGACAACAUUGGCAUUAACCCUACCUACACAAGAAGACUUUAGUGAGGGUUGGUAUGAAGCCAGACGCAUGAACACUUCGUCUGGCUGUCUCAGUACCUGUGAUGGUGAGACACAGCAUGAAGAAACACAGGAGGAGGAGGAGGAGGAGGAGGAGGAAGAAGAAGAAGAAGAGGAAUUUUCCGGAUAUAUGGGACACACAUGAAAUGUUGCUCUGACGCGUUACUGUGUAUGACUAUCAUUGUAACAUCCUUGCAAGUAUAUUCCUUCUUAAUUGAGAAAAAAAAGUCCAGACCAAAAGUCUGAAAUAUGUAACUGUAGUUAAGGUGGUUUCUUUAACAGCGGUCUAUUUUCCUAUUCUUAAGGAAAUACAAGGACACACAUCAAUACAUUUCUCCUACAACUACGCCACAGUAGCCCCCUGUAGUUCUUAAAAUGACCAGUUUCUAUCUUAAGAUGAGCGUCCUUGUUAACAUCCAAGUCAUAACUUCUCUGAGAGGUAGGAUACAUCCCACCUGAUGAUACAGAACAGCCCAAAAAGCCAAGCAUAAAGAUCCCUUACAUUAGCCAAAGUCCAAUUUAUUGAAUAUAAUGUUAUUGAAUUAUUUUUCACAGCAGACAUUUUGACUUGUCAUAGUAGGAAAAGUGCAGGUGUUAUUAAUAACAUUAGUAUUGGCUCUGUUCUAUCCCAGUCAGCCGUGACAGCACCAGAACCCUGCCUCUCCUUUGGGCACAAAGAUAAUGUGGGAAUUUAAGGAAAUCUAGGACUGUCAUCAUUCUAUACUACACACUUUGUGACCAAAUUGUGUCAAUAUUCAUACCAAAAAACACUUUGUCUUUGAGUGUGAUGUUGAUGUUCUCUAUCUUCCCACAAUGCACCAGUGGAAAUGAAGGCAAUACUCACAGGUGGAACAAUCCUUUUCCAAAGUCGCAGUUUGUCAUUUAACAGUUGGUGCCCAUAAUGUAUAACAUCCUGUAAGUAUGUACACUUUGUGUAUCCCACUUACAUAAACAGUGAAACUAGUGUAUACUGUUUACAACUGGUAUGGAACUGGAACACGGCUCACUGAAGGACUUGUCCUGGCAGGUCGAGGGGAAAAGGUCACACCAGAAAAGAGAUGAAGUAGAAUUUAAAGGGAGCAGUGAGGAGUGUAUUCUUUUGCUAUAAUGUCUUAAUGUUGCACACUUCUAAUGGCUCAUAAUAGAACAAUUCUUGCCUCCAUGCUGUGCAAACAACAGACAACUGAAGUGGAAAGGGGAACACAAACCCAGCUGCACUGCCUUCAGUUGAGUUGUUUGACUUAAACCAGUGAACAGAAAAGUGAAUGCAAUGCUUUUGGACUUUAGCUUUUGUGCUGUGACGUAUUCUCCAGUGAAGCAGAAUAUUUGGGCGGUGUGCAGUUACAAGAGGGAUUUUGAAAAAUAUCUCUUGCUGGCUUAGAAUGUAGCGUUCCACACACGCCUCCCUCGUCGUUAGAAGCUGCAGAUUGAUUGGUGAUUGAUGUCGUGAUGUUAUUGGUUGAAAAUGGUCGGUCACUUCAUAUUUUGUUUUACUGGAAGAAAAGAUGGUUGGAUUUUGAAAUAAGAUACGAAGAAAUGUGUGUCCGGGUAUGUGCUGGGUAUGUGUCCGGGUAUGUGCUGGGUAUGUGUCCGGAUAUGUGCUGGUUAUGUGUCCGGAUAUGUGCUGGGUAUGUGUCCGGAUAUGUGCUGGGUAUGUGUCCGGAUAUGUGCUGGUUAUGUGUCCGGAUAUGUGCUGGGUAUGUGUCCGGGUAUGUGCUGGGUAUGUGUCCGGAUAUGUGCUGGGUAUGUGUCCGGGUAUGUGUCCGGGUAUGUGUCCGGGUAUGUGCUGGGUAUGUGCUGGGUAUGUGCUGGGUAUGUGUCCGGGUAUGUGUCCGGGUAUGUGCUGGGUAUGUGCUGCUUCCACAUAACCGUCGAAGUUGAAGUGGUCAAACUUCAAGGCAGUCAGUGGAGUUCACUUAGUAGUGAAAUUAUUAUUAACAGACUCUCCACUGUCUUUCGUCCAAUCACGGUCGACCACUUGUUGGGCAGACUAUGGCAUAAAACUAUUAAUGUACUCUCUGGGCUAUACUCUAAUUUUCAUUAUUAUUAUUAAUAUUAUUACAAUACAGCCUGCACCUGAUAACAAGGCUGCAUGGAGAUCGCUCACAGAGGAUUUAUUUUUUUUAAGUAUACAGCUUAGGUUACGGCUAAGGCUAAGUACAAUAGAAAACCAAUACGAAGUUAACAUGCAUGCCGGAGCUUAACAGCAUGCUCCAGGUUAAGCAUACAGCUGGUCCUCUGGUGCGGUCAGAACAACCUGGAGCUUAACAGGCUCAAAACUGUGGAGAUGACA